UCUCCACUUUCCAGCCAUAGUUUCACAACAGUUUGGUUGCUAGGGAUUCUAGGCGUCUUCCUAGUCUGGUUGCUAGCUAGUGUGCUAGCUUGCUGUCUGUCUUGUUUUUAUCCAUAACCUUGCACUUAGCCAACAUUUAAAUAAAGAUAUAUCUAUUUAAAGGUUUAAUAUUAAUUCAUAUUUCGAAGUAGACUGCAAUGUGAAAAAGCCAGUGUUUACAACUUCACAUGAGUUCCGGGAAGAUAAAGGAUAUGGGGGACAUCUUGGCCAAUGAAGCUGAUCUUCUCGGGAUGAUCAAGGAGUAUUUGAAGUAUGGUGAAUUUGAAGAGACAGUUCAUCACUUUGAGAAAGAGUGUAAAAACAAGGGGAAAGUUGUUCCAAAACCCAGAGGCAACAGUCUUCGGGACUCGAAAACGCUGAUUAUCCAGAAGGACCUGUUGAGCUCAUUUGAUGACGGCGACUUCAAGGUGUUCUUCGAGCUGUGGACAGAGUUUGUCCCUUUGGAGGUCAGGGACUGUGAUCCUCACGCCCAGAAACUGGAGUUUUACCUUCAUGUCCACUUCACCAUCUUCCCCUUGAAAAUCCACUUGGGCAGACAUGACCGAGCAGACUUUGAGGUGAGGAUCACCCACUUCAAGCACUACCUGGAGACGCGAGGGGCAGCACUCAGUCAGACCACUGAGUUCCUACCCUACUACGCCCUCCCCUUCGUGCCCAACCCUGUGGUGCACCCCUCCUUCAGAGAUCUCUUCCAGGAGUCCUGGAUUCCAGAGAGGAAGCGAGAGCUGGAGAAGUUCCUGACUGUGACACUGACAGUGUCCGACACUCCAAGGCUUCUGUCGUUAUAUAAGGAUGGCGGAAGGAACACCAAAGACACCAUACAGCAGCUGCAGCUGCAGCUGGCCGAAGCAGAGAAGAGGACCAGCAGCUACAUGAGGAGGUUCAAUAAGAUGCAGGCCGAUCACCACAACCUGAUAGGAGUCACUGCCGAGCUGGUGGACUCUCUGGAGGCUACAGUCAGUGGGAAAAUGAUCUCCCCAGAAUACCUCCAGAGUGUGUGUGUGCGUCUCUUCAGUAGCCAGCUGAGGCAGAGUGCGGCGCAGAGCAUCGACUUCACCAGGCCUGGCACUGGAUAUUACUCUAUGAGUCCUUAUGAUGACGGAUAUGCUUCCUCAUUGCUACGAGCGUCUAUUGUACCUCAGAGGCCUAAGGAGGUGCCGCUGCUGCCCUCUCUGGACUAUGACAAGCUGAAGAGAGACUUGCUGGGGGGAUCAGACAGACUCAAGGCCCUGCUGCUCCAGGCCCUGUGCUGGAGACUGACCCGUUCUCUCCAAGGUGAGCAGAGGGACACGGUACUGCAGGCCUACGUCAGCAACGACCUCCUGGAUUGCCACAGCACCAGACAGAAACCUGUGCUCCUCUUGAUGAGGUCGAAGAACGAGAUGGUCAGGCAGUACAUGGCUCGUCUCAUCAAUGCUUUCGCUUCCCUCGCAGAGGGUCGUGUGUACCUGUCCCAGGUCCCGUCUUUGUUGAGGCUGCUCAUUGAGUCUAUAAGGACAGAGGAGAAGGACUCUGUGAGCAGAGAGAAUGUCCUGGGAGCCCUGCAGAAACUCAGCCUCAGGAGGAGCCAGCAGUCAGCCAUGAUAGAGGACGGUCUCAUUGACUGGCUGGUAGAUGAGCUGCAGGACUCUGACUGUCUGUCUGACUACACUCUGGAGUACGCUGUGGCCCUGCUCAUGAACCUAUGUCUACGCACCAGAGGUAAGAGGAAGUGUGCUGAGAACCCUAAAUACGUGCUGAAGGUUCUGACUGACCUUCUGGGACACGAGAACCACGAGAUUCGUCCGUACGUGAACGGAACCCUUUAUAGCAUCCUGUGUAUUCAUGCAGUGCGAGAGGAAGCCAAGGAGAUGAGUAUGGAGGAGAUUCUUCACUGCUACAGUAAAGAGGAGAACCCGGAGCUCAACAGGCAGAUUGAGUUUAUUAUCAAACAGCUCAACUCAGGGGAGGUGACAGAAGAGGGACCAGAGUCUGAUGACGAAGAGGAGGAUGACGAUGAUGAGGAAGACGCGAUAGAGACGGACCUGGACAAAGAGGAAGUGCUUCAGCUGCAGCCCAGAGAGUUGUCCGGAGAGACACUACUAACCACAGAGUACCUGGGGAUCAUGACCAACAUGGCGACGAGGGUGAAGAGGAGAUCGGCAGCUCCUCUUGGACGGAGUGUCGAUGAACCCCUGCAGCGACCCGUGACCCCCAUCUCCCACCGAAACACACACAUCAUGGACUUCCGAGGAGGCAGCGAGGGCGACAGGGGUGAGGUAGGGUACCCCUUGAGCAGACAGAGGAGCGAGGACAGCCUGCCCCCGUCCCGCUACAGCUCCCGCCCCCCCACCCGCUCCGGCAGCCGACCCAGCACCAGUGAAUCCCUGCACCACUCCAUGGACUCAGAGUGUGGCCGUUCGUCCCAGGAGUCUGGUGGGUCAUAUGAAGGACGAAGAGCCCAGGAGGGGGAGGAGCGCAACGGACACUCGGCCAGCAUUGAUAAUGUCCCCGGGUUUACAAGCCGGCCCAAGAUUCCCCGCACGCCGGAGAGUGAUGCACCAGGCGUGGAUCCUCGGAGGGGUCGCGUUGUCCCGCCACUGGCCCCCCAGUUCUCCCAGUCUGAGCCCCAGCAGAGCAGCAGCCGACCUGGAUCAGGGGCCUCCGUCACAGUGGGAGGGCCAGGGGGCGUUAGACAGAGCAGCCAGUCGUACACAGGAAGUGAAAAGGACCUUUCACCACGGGGCCGCCAUAUCUCCUGAGGAGCCUCCAGCUUCCUGUAACUCCAUCCGCAGGUUGUGAUCAGGGUCAGGGCAUUAGAGAGGCUAGAGGUCGGUGGAGAGGUGGAGGGAGAGAGAGAGAGGGGUAGGAAGGAGGGAGAGGUGGAGGAAGGGGGUAGAGAAGGUGGAGGAAGGGGGUAGAGAAGGAGGAGGGGUGGAGGGAGAGCGAAGGCAUAGGAAACAAUGUGCAGGAUUGUAGCUCGGGGAGGGGCCCCUUUCAAACCUCGGUAUAGAACACUUUGGUAACACAACACUGUUCUCAAAAUAAGCACAACAACAAAUAAGCUUGCGAGCCACUUGAUACACCUACCUAACCAGCUGGCCAAGGCUUUCUUCUCUUUACCUAUCUCCCUCUUUUAACUCUCUCUCCUGGAGAAUAAACACCAAAGUACUCGCUCUCCCAUGUCAUCUGAAACACGUUGGACAUUACGUAACCAGCUACUGGACAAAAUGAAUUCAUUCCAAAUCUAUGGUACCGUGAACAUUACAAGCUACAAUGUAGUAGCACUAUUGCUAACCAAAGGCUGCGUCUCAUCAAAGAUGGUUGAAAGGGUUGAUAGAGGGUUCCUUCCACCAUGUUGCUUUUCCACUUGACUGUUAGGAAUUUUAAAUGAGUGACCCAUUGAGGAAGGAGGAAAUUAAAGUAUUUAUGACUAACACUAUGGUUAAUGGAGUAGGGCUUCUUUACAGACAUCUAUUUAUGACUAACACUAUGGUUAAUGGAGUAGGGCUUCUUUACAGACAUCUAUUUAUGACUAACACUAUGGUUAAUGGAGUAGGGCUUCUUUACAGACAUCUAUUUAUGACUAACACUGUGGUGAUUACAUUGUAAAGAAAUAAAAUGUAAUCAGUGUCUUAUAAAGUCCCUUCCGUUUCCGGUGAUGAGGUGGUCGUAGUACAGGGUAUAUGGGUAUAUAACAUGCUCAGGUGAAAUAAAGCUGGACUUUGCCACCUUUCCUUUUUCAUUUUAAAGAGUUUUGAUUUUAGCUUUGGUUUGACUCGGCCUUCCUAAUCCAUCUGGAAUGUAUUCAGUGGCUCAAUGACUGAUUCUGCCCUCCUGCUUUCCAUCUGAACUUUAAUGCUCUCCAGUUAACGUUCUCCUUUUAAACCUUUACUUAAAUGCUUAACUAAUACUUUCGUAGGAACUACAUAAAACAGCUGUAGACAGUAUUUUUACAACCAACCAAUACACGUCACAUUAUGGACAAAUCUCUCUUUUGUCCAGGAAUACAUUUUUUCCUUCGUUCUAUACGGAUGCUCAUAAAGAAACCAGGAUUUAAUUAUUUUUUUUGUCUGUGUGUUUAUCGAAAUCAAGUUGUUACACGCUGGUCUGGAUCGUCUCUUGACUUGUAAAUAGUUUGUUGGUUGCUCAGCUCUUUGAAGGGAAAUGUCAACUAAGUGAAUAUCAGCUUUACUUUGAUUUGUUAUCGUAAUUCACUUUGAAUAGCUGCUUUCAUUGAACUUUGCAUUAUGUUAAAUUAUAGUGUUUACAAGAAAGACACAAAGAUGAAGUACUUCUGUCAGGCUAGUGUACAUUAGACUGUAGACAAUCAUCUGUCAGGCUAGUGUACAUUAGACUGUAGACAAUCAUCUGUCAGGCUAGUGUACAUUAGACUAGACAAUCAUCUGUCAGGCUAGUGUACAUUAGACUGUAGAUAAUCAUCUGUCAGGCUAGUGUACAUUAGACUGUAGACAAUCAUCUGUCAGGCUAGUGUACAUUAGACUGUAGAUAAUCAUCUGUCAGGCUAGUGUACAUUAGACUGUAGACAAUCAUCUGUCAGGCUAGUGUACAUUAGACUGUAGACAAUCAUCUGUCAGGCUAGUGUACAUUAGACUGUAGACAAUCAUCUGUCAGGCUAGUGUACAUUAGACUGUAGAGAAUCAUCUGUCAGGCUAGUGUACAUUAGACUGUAGAUAAUCAUCUGUCAGGCUAGUGUACAUUAGACUGUAGACAAUCAUCUGUCAGGCUAGUGUACAUUAGACUGUAGAUAAUCAUCUGUCAGGCUAGUGUACAUUAGACUGUAGAGAAUUAUCUGUCAGGCUAGUGUACAUUAGACUGUAGAGAAUCAUCUGUCAGGCUAGUGUACAUUAGACUGUAGAGAAUCAUCUGUCAGGCUAGUGUACAUUAGACUGUAGACAAUCAUCUGUCAGGCUAGUGUACAUUAGACUGUAGAUAAUCAUCUGUCAGGCUAGUGUACAUUAGACUGUAGAUAAUCAUCUGUCAGGCUAGUGUACAUUAGACUGUAGAGAAUCAUCUGUCAGGCUAGUGUACAUUAGACUGUAGAUAAUCAUCUGUCAGGCUAGUGUACAUUAGACUGUAGACAAUCAUCUGUCAGGCUAGUGUACAUUAGACUGUAGACAAUCAUCUGUCAGGCUAGUGUACAUUAGACUGUAGACAAUCAUCUGUCAGGCUAGUGUACAUUAGACUGUAGACAAUCAUCUGUCAGGCUAGUGUACAUUAGACUGUAGACAAUCAUCUGUCAGGCUAGUGUACAUUAGACUGUAGACAAUCAUCUGUCAGGCUAGUGUACAUUAGACUGUAGACAAUCAUCUGUCAGGCUAGUGUACAUUAGACUGUAGACAAUCAUCUGUCAGGCUAGUGUACAUUAGACUGUAGAUAAUCAUCUGUCAGGCUAGUGUACAUUAGACUUUAGAUAAUCAUCUGUCAGGCUAGUGUACAUUAGACUGUAGAGAAUCAUCUGUCAGGCUAGUGUACAUUAGACUGUAGAGAAUCAUCUGUCAGGCUAGUGUACAUUAGACUGUAGAUAAUCAUCUGUCAGGCUAGUGUACAUUAGACUGUAGACAAUCAUCUGUCAGGCUAGUGUACAUUAGACUGUAGAUAAUCAUCUGUCAGGCUAGUGUACAUUAGACUGUAGAGAAUUAUCUGUCAGGCUAGUGUACAUUAGACUGUAGAUAAUCAUCUGUCAGGCUAGUGUACAUUAGACUGUAGAGAAUCAUCUGUCAAGCUAGUGUACAUUAGACUGUAGACAAUCAUCUGUCAGGCUAGUGUACAUUAGACUGUAGAGAAUCAUCUGUCAGGCUAGUGUACAUUAGACUGUAGAGAAUCAUCUGUCAGGCUAGUGUACAUUAGACUGUAGAGAAUCAUCUGUACAUUGAGGUUUUAUUCACGUAUAAAAAUCAAUCACAUAACGUAGGCUACUUGAAUCCGGGUGACAUUUAACAUUUCCACAGUUUCACCGAUGCUUUACUGUACAGUAUGUCUGUAAUAUGUAGCUGAAUUUGUGUGAUAAUGUAUUUUGACACAGUAGCAAUGAAUUGUCAUAUCUUUGUAUACGUGAAUGAAAUAAACUUUUAAGUGUUAUGUA